AUACUUCUACGCGCCUUGCAUAUAAUCACAGUGUCUCAUUCUUUUCAAAUGUUUAUGUUUAUGUUGUGAGGAACGACAACUUUCAUUGUCGCAAUGAUUCAAUCUGAAGAGAAUCACUCGGUACAAGUGAAAACUCGUUUGCUACGUGAGUACAACAUAAAAGUGGUGGAAGAGUGGCUUACCGGUUGUGUCGCUUUCUGUCUACAAGAGAACCCCAGAACAUCAAACGAUACACUUUUCAAAUUUGCAUUCGAUCAGUGGAUCUUAGCCGACCUCAACGAGAUAGGGGUGUCAUGUUUGCCGGAGACCACCCAAACGGAAGUCAAAUGUUUCACGUUGAGUGGGAAGUUUCCGGUACAGCUGAAUUUUCUUAUCGAUAUCUCGGAACCAUGCUACGAUCAGUUGCGAAAUUUGUACAACAAAAAGCUCGACGAAGCGGAUGACGAAAUUCAGCUCAGAAAAAAUCAAAACCAGCAUGUUAAAAAGAGACGCAUGCUUAAGCUUGAGAUGACCGACGGUAAGCGCACGGUUAUCGGGAUGGAACACACCCCAAUAGCGGCGUUGAACACGAAACUGCCGCCCGGUGUCAAGAUCCUGUUGAUUGGCCCGAUACGAUGCAUAAACAAGGUUUUAUUUCUUGGACCCAAAAAUGUUAGAAUACUUGGGGGAGAAGUUGACACCCUGCUGAUAACGCAUGCAUUUGAAAAUGUUCUCCUGAAGGCCCUGGGUCAGCCGCUGAAGUCUAACCCAAGAACCGAGUACGAGGAGGUCGUGGUUGUGGAGAAGAACCAAAAUCAUGGAUAUGGUAGCAUUCCGUCGAUUCCUAUGGUAUUUCCGUCGUCCGACAAAAACAGUGGGGGGAAACACGGUAAUGAACCACCUCAGGACGAUUGGGAGGAUGAUGUCUUUUUGGGUAUCAACUUAGAUAACAUAGAAGCAUCGAAUGGAAAUAAAAAGUUGGAAAACUCUCCGGAACAGGUGCCAACAGUCAGCACAUUGAUGGAUGACGAUGAUGAUUUGGAAAUAAUUGAACUACCGGAGGAGAAGAUUAUGGACCAACAAGUCACAUCAACGAAAAUAUCCCAGUCGCCUCCUGCCACUCGUCCUGUUAGGCCAGCGAACCGCCUUCCAUCUUACGAUGGACCAGACGACGAUAUUGACGCAUUAAACUUCUUAGAAGAAGAAAUACGCAAUGAACAGCAGACUCAACAUAGGGUAGAAUACGAAGGGCCAACGAUACCAUCCACGCCACAGAUUUCCGCCAAACGACCUCGUCUGCUUUCGACCGAGGAGGUCACUCAGGUGCAACACUCAACCAAUGUCACAGAAGACGACCAGCGACCUUCCACAAGCAAGAAUUUUGUCAACUGUUCCAUUUCGGCAUUUUUCGAUGACAGUUCCCUCGGAGACAUACUUGAGGAGGUUGAAGAUGCAUCGUCCCAAGCUGGAAGGGACGAUAUUCUUUCCCCGAAUUAUCAGUUCCAGAUAGAAGGGUUCAGUUUAGUGACCGUACCGCAACUGUUUAAACUUAGCGACGCACAAAGAGAGGAACGGACGUUUGUGAUUUUCGGCGAAGUGGAGGAAGUGUUCCAGCGAAUACGGGUCAGGAACGAUGCUUGGAAACUUGGGGUAAUGAUAACCGACUGGUCGGAGAGAUUUUUACCGGUUCAAUUUCACACGUCCAUCAUCAGCAAAAUGAUUGGCCACGAGGCAAGCUCAGUACAACAGUUGAAACAGGAUCGCAACCCUCAGAUGAUGAAGCUUCUAGAAGAGAACCUGAAAAAACUCCAACAUGAACUCCAAGAAUUACGAUCCUUCAUGAGACUUCGCUAUCAUCAGGGUAGUGAGCAUCCCACGGUGAUGGAAAUAUACGACAAAACCUCAACGAGGCUUACCGUUUUGCGCGAGAAGGUUUCGAAAGAGGAUGUGAAACACUUGCCGGCGUUUGUCGCUCAGCUUCGAGAUGAGACACGAGAGAACAAAAUGCGGAUGAAACGUGCUGGUGCUACCGGCACUCCCUAAAUAAUGCUAACUAGAGCGAUGCAGCAGGAAGAUGAACGGGAACUUUCCUCGUGUAC